AUGAUGAACUACAAUCUGAGUAACAUUUGCGGCUGUGUAUAUACAGGUGGAAAAAUUCAAUUCAGUGAAGAUGGGAAUUCAUUGUUUGUACCUGUAAGCAAUAGAGUAAAUGUUUAUGAUCUGAACGACAAUAAAUGUAAUACACUUAAAUCUGAAAAUAAAAAUGAUUUAAGACACAUUGUGAUACAUCCAAAUAUGGAAAUAGCUAUAACUAUCGAUAAAUUUGAAUAUGGAUGUAUAAUAAAUUUGUUAAAAGAUCAGAUAAUUUCUAGAAUUCUAUUUAAAUCAAAAACUGGUAUUAUUACUUCAUUUAACUACAACAAUAUUUUUACACCUCAAGAAGAACAAGAUUCAGUAAAUUGUGCACUAUUUACACACAAUGGCAAGUAUUUCUUAAUUGGUAUAGGUAGGAGAGUUAUCAUAUGGAAGAGUCCAAAUAAAAACAAUAAUUACAAGUUAGUUAAAUAUAACGAUAUAUGUUAUCAUUCCUUAAAUGUUACCUCGAUUGACGUGUCAGAAGACGAUCAGUUUUUCAUAUCCACAUCUUAUGAUCUAACCAUUAGGAUCCACACCAUUGAGAGAAGGAGAAAAACACGACCCACCAUUUUGACAGGAAACAAGACUACCAUAGUCGCUGCUUAUUUUUCCAAAGGUGGCCAUUUUAUUUUUAGUGUCAAUAAGUCUGGGUUGAUUCUGCUUUGGUCUUACGAGACCACAGGGGAAGCGGUUGCACAUCAGGCCGAUCGGGUCGAUAACGUCGAUCAUGCUAAUCACUCAGAUGCAGCUGAUCAUGCUAAUCAUGCCAAUCACUUAGAUGCAGCUGAUCAUGCUAAUCAUGACAACCACUCCGAUGCUGCAGAUCAUGCUGAUCAUGCUGAUCGCACGGGUCGUGUGCGUCCGGCGCGAAGGAGGAAAGCUUACGAAAAAAGAUGGUGGCAGAAAAAGGUGUACUUUUGCAACCAGGAGAAAAACGAAGAGGUCACGAGUGUGUGCUUUAACAGAGAACAGAACAUGACAGUAAUAGCUUAUUCAAGUGGACGGUUUGGAAUUUAUAAAAUGCCUGAGAUGGUGUCUCUGUACACAAUCAGCGUAAGCACAAACAGUAUCGAUGAUAUUGCAAUAAGUAACGAUGGUGAGUGGAUUGCACUAGCUGAAUCGAGCAAUGGUACAGUAAUAGUAUGGGAAUGGAAGAGUGAAAGUUACAUAAUGAAACAAAGUACAACAAGUAGGAAUAUAAAAUGUGUAAAAUUUUCUCCUAUUAUUAGUCAUCUAAGAAUUGGUAGUCAUAUUGUGGAGAAUGCAAAUACAUAUCAUGAAAGUGAAAAUUUCACGAGCAAAUUUGUAAUUGUUACAGGAAAUGAAGAUGGGACAAUUAAAUUGUAUGAUUAUAUUUCUUUUAUGAAUUUUGUUACUUUUACAGCUCAUACAGAUAGCGUUACUGAUGUUUGUUUUUUACCACAAGGGAAUGCUUUCAUAUCAUGUUCUUUGGAUGGUACAAUUAGGGCUUUCGAUUUGUUAAGGUAUCGUAAUUUUAAGGUAUACACAGCGGAUUAUAUGUCCGAUGAAAAUGGAGAGACAAAUAAUAGAUCUGCUCUAUCAUCCAAAUUUGAUGACGAUGAUGAUGAUUAUAGCAACAAUGGCGCUUUACUAAACCAAGAUGAGGAGAAAAAAAAAAAAAAAAAAAAAAAAAAAAUUCUGAACGGUUCAGAAAAAUACGAAAAAAGAAUAAACGUUCAGUUUUUAUGUGUAAGUGUGAACUUAAGUGGAAACAUUGUUGCAGCUGGAGGGAGAGGAAAUGAAUACAUCGUUUACAUAUGGAAUAUACAAACAGGAAAAUGUAUAGACAAAUUAUAUGGGCAUAAUUCUCCAAUAAUUAAAGUAUGCUUUAGUACUAGCGUAAAGAAUGAAGGAAUAAUAGCUAGCUGUUCAUGGAGCAAUAAAGUUCUCCUAUGGGAUCUAUAUGCAAGAAGAAACAAGGGAAGUAAAUUUGAUGAAAUAGUUAAUUCUCAUGACAUCUCAUACAUGUGUUUUGAUCCAAGAGGAAAUGACAUAUUAGCUAUAUGCACACUGAAUUGUAAAAUUAUAUUUUGGGAUGUACAAGUACAAGAAAUUGUAGGAACUAUAGAAGGUAUUAGAGAUAUCAAGAGAGGACAAUUUAUAGGGGAACAAUUUUCAGCUAUUCCAAAGAUGAACAAAAAGAGGAAAAAAAUUAAUAACUUAAAGAAUGGAAAUGAUAAGGAUGACGAAUUUGUUAAUCCAGAUGAAUUGGAAGAUGAAGGAAUUAAUACUACUGUAAAUCAGAAUUCGCACUUCACAAGUAUAGAUUAUGUACAAAAUGGAAAUUACAUAAUUGGGUGUGCAAAUUGUAGUGUAUCUAUGUAUAUAUAUGAUACCAAUUUGUAUGUGUUAAUACAAAUUAUCGAUUUGACAACUAAUUUUUCCAUAGAUGGUAUAAAAAGAGAAAUUUCUAAAAGAUAUUUAACUGAACAGGGUACAAAUAUUUAUGAAUUUGAUUUGAGUGAUGAGGAUGGAAAUGUACAAAUGGACAAGUACAGAAUUCAGAAUAGGAAAAAAAAAAAUAAUAUGCUACCUGGUAGUAUAGAUGAACAUUACAUUAUGAACAAAUUUAAAAAGUAUAAAUUUAUACUGAACAGUAUAAGUAUUUCUGGUGAUGAUAGACACGUGGCAGUUGCGUGCAGUGUAGGUUUAUAUGUUUUUACAAAAGAUUAUCAAUUUCAGUAUGUUGUACCGACAUUUUUGAGGGGUGCAAUAGGAGAAGGGAAGAAGACCAAAAAUGGAUAUAAAGGACUAAUUAUGCCACUUCUAUAUGAACCCCAGUUUUUAACAGAACAUGUAACUUUACGCAAUUUAAAGCUAGCUAUAAAAAAAAACGAAUAUAUGAAAGCAUUCAUUUUAUGUUUAGCUUUGAACAAUUAUGAACACAUGAUAGAAGUGUAUGAGAAAACUCCUUAUAAUAUCAUCCCCCUAUGUGUAAAGAUGUUGUCCAAACCUUUCGUUUUUCUGCUAAUUAAUUUUAUAAAAGUAUUGCUUCUCAAUGAUACGCUUAAGCAUAUCCACUUGCAUCUACUUUAUUUGAAUUCUAUUUUUACAAGCCAUUUUAGCCUUUUUUUGAACGCCAAUUUUUUUGUUCAUUCGGAUAAUUCCACUGGAGGAGGAGCAGAAGGGGGUCCCAAGGGAGAUGAUGCCAAUAAGAACAUCUUGAAGAGAAGAACAUAUUCAGCUCAUUCCUCGGACGAAUACAGGAAUGCCCUUUUACUUAUCUUGAAGCAGGUGUUCACAGUGUACAAUGGAUUGCAGCACUUGUAUAGCAACAACACCCAUGUGCUUCGCUACCUCUCUGCGGGUUAG